AUGAAUCGUGUCUGUGAUACGGUCCCCAGGAAACAUCAAGGUGAACCCUGUGAGGAGGUUGGCAGUGUGAGAGGAAGGCAAAGGAAAGACAGAGAUGUUGAAGAGGGAAAACCAGAAAAGAGGAAGCGACAACGUGUCUGUGAGUCGAAUGAACACGACUUAGCGGAGACUGAUGUGAGUCGAAUAAGCAGGAAGAGAAUAUUGUCUCCUGAUGGUCGGAAAGUGAGAGAGAAAAAGAAGAGGGUUGUGGAGAAGAAGACCCCGGAUGCCUCAGGAGAUGACCCAAGAGUUGAAUUUGAGGCCAAAUACUUGGAGCAGGAUCCACUCGGUGCAGGGGGCUGUGGAACAGUGUUUGCUGGCUUCCGCAAAGCAGAUAAUGUUCCGGUGGCGAUCAAGCACAUACCGCAUAAAAAUAUUUUAUGCAAACCAGUGGGCCUGAAUGGAAAGAUGCUCCCAACAGAGGUGGCCAUAAUGCUGAAACUAACAGCAAAGAAAAAUGACUCCGUGGGGACGUCAGCACCAGUAGCAUUACUGGACUGGUAUGACCUGGGCCAUGAGUUGAUCGUGGUGAUGGAGAGACCUUUCCCUGCUGUUGACCUGUCCACAUAUAUAAAGCUCAAAAAAGGCCCUCUACGGGAGUCUAAGGCCAAGACUAUAAUGAAGCAGCUGGUGGACGCAGCCAUUGGGCUGGAGCGGAACAGAGUCUUUCACCGGGACAUCAAACCUGAAAAUAUCCUGAUUGAGACUGGCCAAAGUGUCCUACGGGUUCGCCUCAUUGAUUUUGGGCUGAGCUGUCUCGUGAAGUUAGGCUCAUUUUACACUGUAUUCUAUGGCACUGAAAAGUACGCCCCUCCAGAGUAUUGCAGCUCUUCUGUCUACAGGGCUGGUCCCAGCACAGUGUGGCAGCUUGGCACAGUCCUGUAUGAGAUGCUCCACACAAAAGUAUUCAAAACCAAACGCUUCCUCAGCAAAAAACUGGAAAUCAGCAGCAAACUACGCAAAAACCUCAAGGAUUUCCUCCAGGUGUGUCUGGAGGAGGACCCCAAGCUGCGUCCCACUCUGAAAGAGCUGCAGCUUCACCCGUGGCUGAAAUAA